CUGAAGUUCAGUUUUUCUUGUUUCGGUCGUCCGAGGUCCAAUUUUAUUUGAACAUAUCUCCAUCUACCUACGAAGAUUGUCCAAUCACAAAACCCCGCGUCACAUUUUUACGUCACGUUUACAUUAAGACCCUACACUGUUCAGGAGAAGACAAUAGUGCCGUUAAAGCAGUGUUGCCCGCACUCUCCCAAGUCGUUUGAGUCUCUCUCUUUCGUAGCGCCCGCGCCUCAAUGUUGAAUUCGUUGCUCGUGUUGUCAAUGGUGGAUUUGCUUUAACAUUUAUAGUGUUGAAAGAUCCGAACCCGGUUCGACUCCAUUGGCGUCCUUUUAAAAAUGGGGACCCGUUCGAGAUCAGCGUUGUAGGUUCUGAUUGUCCUGGUUGGUCUUCUGGAGCUCUGGCGGGAUUGGUUCGGUUUUUGCCGACAGUCGAAGACCCAAGAACGUGCAGGUCGCGGUUCGGGUCAAAUGAUCCGGUACCCCACUGCUUUUAGAAGCUGUGAACCAUUUAUCUAGGGAAUGGAAAGAACUUUUUAAGGACUUUAUUGACGUGUGGCUUCAUACCGAGGGUGGCCCUGAUCUUAUACAGAUAAAGAGUGCCUGAAGGAAAUCUUGGAACAUGGAAACUCUCUUUUAAGUGAACCAUUGGCAUCGUUGUUUGAAUUCUCACUUAUGCUGCGGUCAGCAUCCCCAAGAUUGGUGCUUUAUCGACAACUAGCAGAGGAGUCUCUUUUUCCUUUCCUCUGGCUGAUGAGGGUGUAUUAAACAAUGUCAAGGGGGAAACUUUAGAAACAAAUGCAAAAAUGCAGAUUAAAAAAUAAGACCCCUUGCCUGUUGGUGGAAACCCAGAUGGUGCUGGUGCAAAAUGUUGUUGAGUGAAUACUGGUGAAUCACUGUUCUUUGAUGUUGAGGAAUUGCUAUUGUGGCUUCGCAAUCCUAGUCAACUUCUUCCUUACUUUUAUUUCCCAUUGCUUGGCUGCCAGCGCUGGAGACUCAUUUCAGCAGCCAGAACUAUUUGACUUUGAUUGUAUUCACUUUGAUUCAAGUGCGGGAAGCCCAGUGUCCAUCCUUAAUGGAGCUCUUGGAACUGAUUGCUUUAAGAAGUUUCAUGUCGCAUUAGUUGAAGCUGCCAAAGAGGGAAAAGUUAUGUUGUGAGACCUGUUUUACCUUCUGGCUGUGAAGCAAAAAGUGACCAUUGCAGUGCAGUUGGCACAAGAGAUUCUUUGAAGAACAUGGAAUAUAAGGCCACAGAUGACAGUGUAAUAAAGAAAGGAGCUGGGAGACAUUUAUGGUGCUUCUGGUUGCUUACUCUGCAUGGGUUUAUCCCUUUGAGGUUGCAUUUUUCAAAUCCUCUCCCAAGAAAGAGCUAUGGAUAGCAGACAACAUUGUCGAUGUGUUUUUUGGGGUUGAUAUCAUCUUGACAUUUUUCGUCGCAUAUAUUGAUCCAAGAACUCAGCUUCUAGUUCGUGACUCGAGAAAGAUUGCUGUGAGGUACCUGUCAACAUGGUUCCUGAUGGAUUUGGCAUCAACAGUCCCAUUUAAGACGCUAGGAUACCUGUUCACAGGCAAACGACACAUGGGUCUCUCUUACUCCCUCUUAGGGGUGCUCAGAUUUUGGAGAAUCAGACGGGUGAAGCAGCUCUUCACCAGUGUAUGCAGGCUUGAGAAGGACAUCAGGUUCAGUUAUUUCGGGGUCCGAUGUGCAAGGCUACUAUCUGUGACACUAUUUGCGGUGCAUUGUGCUGGUUGCCUCUACUACUUGCUAGCUGACCGGUACCCUCACCAGGGAAGGACAUGGCUUGGAGCUUCAAACCCGAAUUUUAGAGAAACAGGCCUUUCCGUACGCUAUAUUUCGGCCAUGUAUUGGUCCAUUACUACCAUGACCACUGUUGGCUAUGGAGAUCUCCAUGCAGUGAACACCGCCGAAAUGAUCUUCAUAAUCUUUUUCAUGCUUUUCAACCUUGGCCUAACUGCUUACAUUAUUGGUAACAUGACAAAUUUAGUCGUUGAAGGAACUCGUCGUACUAUGGAAUUUCGAAAUAGCAUUGAAGCAGCAUCAAAUUUUGUACGCAGAAAUCGGUUGCCUCUAAGGUUGAGGGAACAGAUAUUGGCUUAUAUGUGCUUGAGGUUUAAGGCUGAGAGCCUGAACCAGCAACAGCUGAUUGAACAGCUACCAAAAUCUAUUUAUACAAGUAUCUGCCAGCAUUUAUUUUUGCCUACUGUGGAGAAUGUUUAUCUUUUCAAGGGAAUUUCAAAGGAAACGCUGUUGAUCUUGGUCGCCAAGAUGAAGGCCGAGUACAUACCACCUAGAGAGGAUGUUGUAAUGCAGAAUGAAGCACCGGAAGAUGUUUACAUCAUUGUAUCGGGUCAAGUUGAGAUAAUUGAUUGUGAGAUGGAGAAAGAACGAGUUGUGGGCACUUUGCAAUGUGGAGACAUGUUUGGAGAAGUUGGUGCACUUUGUUGUAGACCUCAAAGCCUCAACUAUCGAACCAAAACGCUUUCACAGCUCUUGAGACUCAGAACCACCGCUAUGAUAGAAGCAAUGCAGACCAAACAAGAAGACUAUGAGAAAAUGCUUAAAAACUUCCUACAGCAUCACAAAAAGCUAAAGGAUCUCAAUUAUAUUGAUGAUUUGCUGGUAGACAAUGAGAAAGAAGGGGAUGACCCAAGCAUGGCUUUCAACUUGCUGACCGUUGCUAGUACAGGCAAUGCUGCCUUUCUGGAUGAGCUUCUCAAAGCGAGGUUGGAUCCUAAUAUUGGAGAUUCUAAAGGAAGAACCCCAUUGCAUAUAGCAGCAUCAAAAGGACAUGAAGAGUGUAUACUGGUACUCCUUAAGCACGCGUGUAACGUACACUUACGAGACAUAAAUGGGAACACAGCAUUAUGGGACGCUAUAGCAUCAAAGCACCAUUCCAUAUUCCGGAUCCUCUAUCACUGUGCUGCCGUUUCUGAUCCCCAUAUUGCUGGCGAUCUUUUAUGCACUGCUGCAAAAAGAGAUGAUCUGACUGUGAUGGAGGAACUGUUGAAACAAGGACGAAAUCUUCACUCAAAGGAUCGCCACUGGACCACAGCAAUCGAGAUUGCCAUGGCCAAAAGCAAUGUGGACAUGGUAAAUCUUCUUUUAAUGAACGGUGCAGGUGUGACAAAUGCCAAAACUCAUGAAUUUCCUCCGGAUACUUUGAAAGAAAUGCUGCAAAAGCGAGAGAAUGAACACCGUAUUAGAGUACCCGAAAUCUCAAUAAAUGAAGUGCUUUUGGGGAGACAAGAAGGGCUGAAGGGCUGCAGUUGGAGAGACUCCACAAAACCAACUGGUCCAAGGGUGAGCAUUUACAGAGGCAAUCCACUUGUGAGAAGAGAGACCUGCUGCAUGGAAACUGGGAGGCUAAUUAGGUUGCCAGAUUCACUAAAGGAGCUCAAGUGUAUUGCAGGUCAGAAGUUUGGGUUUGAUGCAAGAAACGCCAUUGUAACAGGUGAAGAAGGAGCAGAAAUCGAUUCCAUUGAUGUAAUUAGAGAUAAUGAUAAACUUUUCAUAGUUGAAGAUACAAAUUCCGUUAUGUAAUUAAGCAAAUGCUACAUAUAUUUAUGUGGAAUCAACAAAUGGUUAUCAUCAUAGUGUUUCCCAUCCUUCA